AUGUGGCCCGCCCCCGUCCCCACUCAUCACAUUCUCGUACCUCAUUUCGAGCCGGCUGGUCACUAUGGGUACGCACCAACUGCCACCUCGACCGCUGCAGCCACUCUGGCGAAACGCCGUCGGGCGAGCAAGCCCAAGCUGUACGAUGACCCGCCUUGCUGGUUCCUCUUCGUAAAAUGCUCACGUGUGUCUUUAGGCAAGCGAUGCACUUCGACCGGUCGAAAAUGUGACGGUUACGAUUUCCCAAAGGGGUCCUUGGAAAGUUCAAAAGCCUCUCCGCUGUCGCCACCUCAAAGACCGGAGUUCACCUUUUACCAGCUAUUUCAACCAGGCUCAAUCUCGAAACCGUUUCAAGGGAAUACCCAGGAGCGACGAAUCUUCCACCGCUUCCAAUAUUGCACCGUGCCAGCCUUUGCUGGUGGGUCUGAGACUGGGUUUUGGACCAGGCUCGUACUCAAAGUGGGCCAGGAGGAACCAGUUGUUCGGAACGCCAUCAUUGCGCUGGGGACACUACAUGAGGACUACCAGGAUCGCUGUGGCAAAUAUACGACAGAGUUGAUAGACGACAAGAGCUAUCGCCACGCCUUGAAGUUAUAUGGAGACGCCCUUCGCCAAUUGAAUCAACGAUUGAAUCUCCCGUCACGGACCAACGCGAAGCUGGCAAUUAUUGCAAGUAUAUUAUUUGCCUGCUUCGAAGUCCUUCGACGCAACAACAUGGCAGCAGUGAUUCACUACCAGCAAGGCAUGCGAGAACUGAUCCGUCAGAUGAAUCUUCCAGAGGGUGACGAUAUGUCACUGACGCCUUAUUCACCUGAAGAGUACGCUGGUUCACGGGCAAGCUUCCGAGACAUCCCUCAAAACGAACUGGACGAAUUAUUACGAGUGUUUGCACGAUAUGAUAUCCAAGCAUGCACUUUCUCCAAAGAGAAGGCGGAACCCUUGACCUACCCUGUCACCGCCCUACCAAGGAUAAUGCCGACAAAUUUGACCCUCAGCCAAGUGCGAAACCAUCUGGAUAACCUUCUUGUAUCAGUGUAUCAACUGGUCAAGUCUGACUUGAGGAUGUAUCGCUAUUGGAAGACAGAGUUGGUCCCCUUGGAAUGGCGGACACAGCAACGAGAAGCAGUCGAAAUCUUUGACGCCUGGGUUGCUGCUCUCGAAGAAUUCUUUCGGUUAGAGGGAGCGAGAUUGAGUCUGACCGAGAUCAAAAGCCUUCUCGGGCUGCGACUGCAGAUUAAGUGUGCAGUGAUCAUGCUCAAGGUCAGCAUUGAUUGUGGACCCGAGAUAACAUUCGACGGGUUCCGAGACGAUUUCGAAGAUAUGGUAGCAAAGGUCGAACAGAUGACUACGUCUUUCAAAAUGAGUGACGCCCAGCCACUGGAAGUCGAAAACACACCAUUCAGCAUGGAACUUGGAGUGGUACACCCAUUAUUCUUUAUCGCUUGCAAAUGUCGAGACCGGAAUAUUCGACGACGCGCACUGGCCCAGUUGAAGAAGGCUGGUAAGGAGGGUGUCUGGGAAGGGCCAAUCAUGGCCGUCUUAGGCCGCAAGGUCAUGCUUCUGGAAGAAGAGGGCGUCGCUCAGGACGAGGUGAUACCUGAAGCUAAUCGAUUCCACGAGCUAAAGAAAAAUGUGGACUAUGACACACGGCAGAUUUUUUGGGAAGGGACAAAGGCAUUGGAUUCUGCCUGGCAGAACUUUUCCAUUCAUCGGGAUGCGCUCCCAUUUUGA